AUGGAUGAAAGAGAAGCUAUGGCAUUCUCUGAUGGGCCUGGUUCAUAUUACAUGCAUAGAGGAGGAGGGGUUGGUGGGUCUGGUGGUAAUGGAGGAGUGUUCCAACAAACACCUUCUGGGUUUAGAGCUUUGUCUAGUAAUGCUCAUGAUGGUUCUGAUGGUUCUACGUUUUCAGUGGAGCCUCAGCAUGAUAGUUUUAGUCAUGGUGGUGUUAGCAACAGCAUAGGUUCAUCUCCUGGUGCUGUAGUGCCUUAUUCAGGAGAGCAGUCUGUGAAAAAGAAAAGAGGGAGACCUAGGAAGUAUGGUCCUGAAGUACCUGUUUCUUUGAGGCUAUCCUCUCCUAUCUCUGCCACUGACAAUUCCAUGUCUCCUUCGGAGAAACGGCCAAGAGGACGUCCACCCGGAAGUGGAAGGAAACAACAGCUAGCUGCUCUAGGUGAAUGGAUGAACAACUCUGCCGGCCAGGCUUUUUCACCACAUGUUAUCACCAUUGGAGUUCAGGAGGAUAUUGUAGCAAAGUUACUGGCAUUUUCACAACUCAGACAACGUGCUUUAUGCAUCAUGUCGGGAACCGGGACUGUAUCUUCAGUCACUCUGCGCCAGCCUGCUUCUACAAGUAUCAGUGUUGCAUUUGAGGGGCGAUUCCAAAUAUUAUGCUUAUCUGGUUCUUACUUGGUUGCUGAAGAUGGUGGACCUCAAAACAGAACUGGUGGCAUUAGUGUUUCCCUUUCUAGUCCGGACGGUCAUGUUAUCGGAGGUGGUGUUGCGAGGCUUAUUGCUGCAAGCCCUGUCCAGGUGGUAGUUUGCAGUUUCGUAUAUGGCGGCUCCAAGGCAAAGACAACAAAGCAAGGGACCGCCACAAAAGAAGGGGAUGGUUCUGAGCCUCAGAGUAGUGACCAGUUAGCUUCUCCAGGAAGUGAACCAUCUAAUCAAAACUACACAGCUUCUGGAACAGGAACAGGCACAAUUUGGCUUGGAUCAAGGGCAGUAGAUGUGAAAAGUGAACAUCCACACACUGGUAUUGACUUGAUGCAUGGGUGA